AUAAUAUUUCGCAUCAUCAUAAUUAAAGAAGAUCACCAUCGCCAUAUAAUCCUUGAAAAUUUGAUAAAUUAGCAAGGGAAGAAUGCUGGAAUAAUGUAUCAGCCCGUUUAUAUUGAAUAAUAGGCGUAAAUAAUGGAAGGAAGAAAUCCAGAUAGAUGGAGAUUAGAUGCUGUUGGUAAUCCAGUUUGUAAAGCCUUAAACAGUUGCAGAGGACCAUUCUGUUAUCAAUUCGAUCAUAUUGUACCAUAUUCAAAAGGUGGGGAAAGUAUUAGCAAAAAUUGUUAAUUAUUGUAAUCAUUUGUCAACAUAUACAAAUCAAAUAAAGAAAAUAUUUCAAAGGAUGAGUUGAAGCAAGUUUCUCCUUAAUUAAA